GCCAUCAACACGCGCCGCGCCGCGCCGCGCCGCCCUGCUUGGUGUAUUCGGCCCCGCCCGCGCGGCGGUCGGCACCCUGGCACAGCCAGUUCUUGUCAUGGUCCUGGCUUGUGCUUUGUGAGUUGGCAACCGCAGUUCCCGACGCGGCCCUUUCCUGAUGGCGGCAGCCGCGGCGGCCCUGGCAGCGGCCGACCCCCCUCCCGCAAUGCCGCAGGCGGCAGGGGCUGGAGGGUCCACCGCCCGCCGAGACUUCUAUUGGCUGCGCUCCUUCCUGGCCGGAGGUAUUGCUGGAUGCUGUGCCAAGACAACAGUUGCUCCUUUGGAUCGAGUAAAAGUUCUGUUACAAGCUCAUAAUCACCACUACAAGCAUUUAGGAGUAUUUUCUGCAUUGCGUGCUGUUCCCCAAAAGGAAGGAUUCCUGGGAUUGUAUAAAGGAAAUGGUGCCAUGAUGAUUCGAAUCUUUCCCUAUGGCGCAAUCCAGUUCAUGGCAUUUGAGCAUUAUAAAACAUUAAUUACUACAAAGCUGGGAGUUUCUGGUCAUGUGCACAGAUUACUGGCUGGAUCUAUGGCAGGUAUGACUGCAGUUAUCUGUACAUACCCUCUUGAUAUGGUGAGAGUACGCCUAGCAUUCCAGGUGAAAGGAGAACAUACUUAUAAAGGAAUUAUUCAUGCAUUCAAAACAAUUUAUGCAAAGGAAGGUGGUUUCCUUGGAUUUUACAGAGGUCUCAUGCCUACCUUAUUAGGAAUGGCUCCAUAUGCAGGUGUUUCAUUUUUUACUUUUGGUACCUUAAAGAGUGUUGGGCUUUCCCAUGCUCCUACCCUUCUUGGCAGACCUUCAUCAGACAAUCCUAAUGUCUUAGUUUUGAAAACUCACAUAAACUUACUUUGUGGUGGUGUUGCUGGAGCAAUAGCACAAACAAUAUCCUACCCGUUUGAUGUAACUCGUCGACGAAUGCAAUUAGGAACUGUUCUGCCAGAAUUUGAAAAGUGCCUUACCAUGCGGGAGACUAUGAAGUAUGUCUACGGACACCACGGAAUUCGGAAAGGAUUAUAUCGCGGUUUGUCUCUUAAUUACAUUCGCUGCAUUCCCUCUCAAGCAGUGGCUUUUACAACAUAUGAACUUAUGAAGCAGUUUUUUCACCUCAAUUAAAAAUAGCUGUGAUUUCAUUUCCUUAAUAAACUCUCAGAAGGAAUAAUUUUAAAAUGUUACUUUAAUUAUGGAGGGAACAUUACUUGAAGGGGAUAUUUACCCUAUCACAGGAACCACUGGUAUGUUAGUAACUUGAUUUUUUUUUUUUUAGUCACAACUCAAAGUGCUUACCAUACUUUGGGAUGCCAAACAUUAUAUUUUGGAACAUUGGAAAACCAUUCCUAUGCUGAUGUUGGCUAAUCAGUUAGGUUAUUUGCAACAUUUAAAAAGUGUUAUUUGGAAGUUGAACUAACUUCACAGGGGGUCCAAGGGGUUGCAGUUAGCUUUAUUGUGCUGUUCCAAGCUUUUAAUUGUAAUUAUGGUUUUCUGAAGACUGUAACAUUGUUUAUUAUUAUGGAAAUAAUUGAACUUGGUUAUAUUGCAAAAGAACAAUGAGAACUGAAUUUUUAAGUUCUUUAAAACAGCCAGCAUUGAAGUAUUAUUCUUACCUCUCUUCUCAUACUUCUGUUCCAUUGGGAAAAAGGACAAAUGCUUUUUCCUUCAUUUUUAGUAAAAUAAGUGUAGUAUUUAAAAGUAGCCAUGUAGCAACUUAAAAAUGAAGUAUCAGGUCUUGCUGAAAUGUUAUUACUGAGUACUUUGAGUGACUUGUGUUUGUUUUUAAAAGUCCAUGGAGUAGUUUUCAUGCCAUGAGGGGAAAAAUUCAAUGUAUUUUUCCCAAAGGCAGUGAUAAUACUGAAUAUCUCUGCACACAAAAACAGAGUAGCAAUAUACGUAUGUUUUUGUUAGAUGAUUUGUUUGUAAACUAGAAAAUUUAUUUAAGUGGACUGUGAAAUAUCCAUUAAUAUAGAUGUGAAUAUCAAAGAACGUUUCUAAGAUAUUAUGUCAUGAUAUCUCAACUAGUUCUUCCAUGUAACAUAAUUUAAAUACAAUAUAAACUUAAGUGGAAAUGUAAAAUAUGAUUUAAAUUGUUAUCCUUUAUAUUAAGAAAAUAGUUUCAAAUGUCAAAUUUCCACUUACUGUGUUUUAAUGUUUUAUUGUAAGCAUGAUAGAAAUGGGUGGGGAAGAGUUAAAGUUCUAUAUUCAAAUAUAGUGAUUUGUAGAAUUGAUGUGAUUUUUUAAGACAUCGAGAAACUAAGUAUUAUUUCUGCAUCAAUUUUUAUUUUAUUUUUUGUAUAAAAAUUUCUUGUUAUUCCUUGGUAAAAAUUUAAACUGUUUUUGUUUUUCAAGUCUUUAAGAAUAAAUAUGUAUCUUUGUGUGAUUUAUAAGUGUACCAGCAAGUAAAAAUUACAUAUGUUCCUAAAACUAUUUUGCAUAUUUUCAUUUCUGGGUCACAUUGUAACUAACUAUUGUUAUUAAAUCUUAAGAUAAUGUAAGUAUAAGAUAAUUAUGUUAUGUUAUCAAUAAAAGGGAAUUGCAAAUAUUUUUAAGUAAAAAUUCUAUGUCUGUUAAGAAUACAUAGUAUAUUAAAAAUAAAUUUUACCUAUGUUUCAAAAGUGUCUUUCUUUUAACUAUAUUAUUGAAGCAAAUAUGCUAAACAUAGGGGCUGGUGCUGUGGUGCAGUGGGUUAAAGCUCCAGCCUGCAGCACCAGUAUUCCAUAUGGACACUAGUUCAAGUCCAGACUGCUCCACUUCUGAUCCAGCUCUCUGCUGUGACCUGGGAAAGCAGUAGAAGAUGACCCAAGUCCUUGGGCCCCUGCACCCGUGUAGGACACCCAGAAGAAGCUUCUGGGUCCUGGCUUCGGAUCAGGCCGUUGCAGCCAUUUGGGGAUUGAACCAGCUGAUCGAAGACCUCUCUCUCUCUGUCUACCUCUCUCUGCCUACCUCUCUCUAUAACUCUGUCAAAGAAAUAAAAUAAAUCUUUAAUAAAUGCUAAACAUAAGAAGUCAGAAUGGAAUAAUAUGUAUAUCUGUUAUUAAAUAUUUUUGUUUAUUUAAAUAUUUAUUUUUUUUUUCUAAAGUCAGUUACACAGAGAGAGGAGAGUUAGAGACAGAGAGAGAGAGAGAGAGAGGGAGGGAGGUCUUCCAUCUGAUGGUUCACUCUCCAAUUGGCCACAAUGGCUGGAGCUGCACUGAUCUGAAGCCAGGAGCCAGGAGCUUCUUCCCAGUUUCCCACACAGGUGCAGGGGCCCAAGGACUUGGGCCAUCUUCUACUACUUUCCCAGGCCAUAGAAGAGAGCUGGAUUGGAAGUGGAGCAGCUGGGUCUCGAACCGGCACCCAUAUGGAUGCCGGCACUUCAGGCCAGGGCGUUAACCCACUGCGCCACAGCACCGGCCCCUUUAUUUAUUUAUUUGAAAGUCAGAGUUAUACAGAGAAAGAGAGGCAGAGAGAAAGGCAGAGAGGUCUUCUAUCCGCUGCUUCAUUCCCCAAGUGGCUGCAGUGGCUGGAGCUGCACUUAUCCGAAGCCAGGAGCCAGGAGCUUUUUCUAGGUGUUCCCAUGCAGGUGCAGGGGCCCAAGCACUUGGGCCAUCUUCUACUGUUUUCCCAGGCCAUAGCAGAGAGUUCGAUCAAAAAUGGAGCAGCCUGGACUCAAACCGGCACCCAUAUGGGAUGCCAGUGUUGCAGGUGGUGGCUUUACCUGCUAUGCCACAGUGCUAGCCCUGAAGAAUAUUUAUUUACUUUUUAAAAAUAUUUGUUUAUUUGAAAGCAUCACAGAAAGAAGGAGAGACACAUAGAGAGAUCUUUAAUUCACUGGCUCACUUCCCAAAGGGCCACAGUGACCGGGGCUAUGCCAAGCCAAAGCCAGAAGCUAGGACCUUCCUCUGGGUCUUCCUCCUGGGUGCAGGAACUCAAGAACCUGGGCCAUCCUCUUCUGCUUUCCUGGGUGGUGCUUUAGUAGGGAGCCAGAUCAGAAGUAGAGCUUCUGGAACUCGAACCAAUGCACCUAUGGUAUGCCAGCAUCACACUUUAGCAGCUUUAACUUGCUGCUAGCCCUGAAGAAUAUUUAAAAUAAUGACAGUGUUUCUGUCUGAUUUAUUUCUGAUUAAUAACCCACAGUGCAUUUUGCUGGAUAAUCUGAAGAUUAGCAGUUGAUUUCUUUUUUGAUCUUCAUUGUCCCUCUUUCUGCUUUUCAUUGGAUAUAAACUUGUGGUCUAUAGAAUGGGACAGAGCAAGUUAUCACCUUUAGCUCUCAAUGGUUGUCUGUAUAGAAGUGGAAAUGUUGGCCAGUGCCGCGGCUCAAUAGGCUAAUCCUCCACCUGCAGUGCUGGCACACCGGGUUCUAGUCCCGGUCGGGGCACUGGAUUCUGUUCCGGUUGCUCCUCUUCCUGUCCAGCUCUCUGCUGUGGCCUGGGAGUGCAGUGGAGGAUGGCCCAAGUGCUUGGGCCCUGCACCCCAUGGGAGACCAGGAGAAGCACCUGGCUCCUGGCUUUGGAUCAGCGCCAUGCACCGGCCACAGCGGCCAUUGAGGAGUGAACCAAUGGAAAAAAGGAAGACCUUUUUCUCUCUCUCUCUCUCUCUCUCUGUCCACUCCGCCUGUC